AUGGUCUUCAUCCAGUUUGGCUCUGGAUCUAGUUCCCCUAGGGCCCGCAUCUCCCCUGUGGACCCCAGCUUCAUGGGCAAGGGAGAGGAGGCAAGGAGAGCAGGAGCCCAAAGAGUGAGGGGGCCAAAAGAGAGACUGGAGCAGAAGAGAGCAAAACAGGAAGAAUCCUGUGUGCUCUCUGGAGAAGAGGAGGGGAGAGAGAACAAACAAGUGGAAAGGUGGUGGUGUGACAGCUCUUGUGCAGCAGAAGAUGCUCCCCAGGCUCACCUGCUGCUGCUGCUGGUCAGUCAGGAAGCUGAUGGUCCACUGACAGAUCAGAGUGAAAAAGUGGAUGAAACCACUACAGAUGGUGAAGAUUCAUCCCCAGGAGCAAAUGUUUCCAUUAAACCCACUGUGACUCUGCAACACAACUGGUCUCCAAUAUUCAGAGGAGAGAGAGUCACUCUGAGAUGUGAGAUCCAUGGAGGUGGAGGAACUGAGUGGACGUAUGAAUGGAGACCAACCAGCAGAUACUCUGAAACAUUCAGUGAAUCCAGGACCAUAACAGCAGACAGUGACUCCUACAGCUGCAGAGGAAGAACAAACUAUAAGUUAACUCAAUGGAGUGAUUCUUUUUCAUUAACUGUUUCAGAAAAACCAAGAGCCAAACUGACAGCAGAGAAAACAAUCAUACCAGCAGGAGGCAGUAUAACACUGACCUGCUCUGUGCCCAGCUCUGCUGGAUGGAAGUUUGACUGGUUCAGACAGAAGUCAUGGUAUCAUGCAGCUCAGUCCAUCAGAAUCAAUGAACCUGAUGGAUUUCUCAGAAUCUCAGAGGGAGGUCUAUACAGUUGCAGAGGAGGAAGAGGAGAUCCAGUUUUCUACACU